AUUUUCUUACAACAUAAAAGCUUGCAUUUGCACCCUCUCUCUUAACAUCCAAUCUUCUCUCUCUCUAAAAGUAAGAAGAAGAAGAAGACAAACUUACUCUCAGAUCCUUCUAUUCUCCAACCCAGAAGAAAAAGAAAAAAAACUAUAUACACGCUCCACAAAUGUUGCUUCUUCCUUCUUCAAUUCCUCUUUUUUCUUUCUAAAUUUCAGGUAUACAAAUAUUACCAUUUGAUUUUCAAUUUUCUUUUUUGAUUUGUGUAAUAAAUGAGGUGUAAAAAGCACCUUUCUGACCUGAGCAGCAGCGUUGGCGUCUGCGCUACUUGUCUCCGUGAACGGCUAUUUGGGCUUAUUGCGGCCCAGGCUCAAGCCCAAGCCCGAGCCCACGUUCAUCAGCAGCUGUUUGAAGAGGAUCACCGGAAAUCCGAUGGCAAUCCACCGCCGUUGGUGUUUCCUCGGUCUGUUUCGCCGUAUAUUUCUCACCGGAAAUCUGAUACUACACCGUGGCAACAAUUCCAUCACAAUUCGCUUCCGUCUAUUAUUCCAGAUCAAAGAUUUUACAGUACUCCACAAGUUGGACCCAACGGAACUGUAAUUGCUGCUGGUCCUGGUCCUGGUCCUUAUAAGAAGAAGAAAGGUUAUGCUAGAUUUUUCUCAGGUCUGUUUAGAUCCAAAACGGAGAAACUAGAUUCCGAUCCUAGGGUGAGCGAUGCUUCUUCACCGUCGUGGUUCUCGACGAUGUUCUCUGGUCGUCGUAAAAAGCAGUCACGCACGUUCUCUUUAGAAGAAUCGACGAUCGGAGGUCAUCAUCAUCGGAGGACAACGUGUCGUAACCGCGAUCGGGGAAUGUCUCCUGCGCGAUAUUCGGAUGACGAUGAAGAAGAGGAGCAUUACGGUGGAGGAUCAAGCGGGUACUCAUCGGAGUCAUCGAAACAGACUCCGAGGAGAACACCAGCAGCUCAAAUAGGCCGGCGAGGGAAAGCCAGUCAUAAUAGGAACAUUACUGGAAUGACGUUUUGCUUGAGUCCAUUAGUGCGUGCGAGUCCGAGCAGAAAUUGGAACCAGAAGGGAAUGCCGCCUGAAAUGGUGUUUUCCGGCGAGAUAAGAGUACAAGCGAAACCUCACCUCUCAACAGCGACCUCGUUUUGUAAGAACAGAUCAAGAAAGCUUGCUGAUUUCGGCAGGUUCAAUCCCAACCGCUGAUUUCACUGACCGUUGACAUUUGACCAAUUCGACACAAUUGUGAUCAUAGUAAAGUGCAAGUACGGUUUUGCCCUUAUUUGCUCCCGUCUUUUUUCAUUUAUGUGCAAUUCCACAAAAUACAAAGGAAAAAGUAAUCAAAGUAUUUUAUCUAUUUUUUUUUUCCAUUUAUGUAACUUGUUUUCCCCACGUGGAUUAUCCUAUUACCCCACCCAGUUUCCCACAUUUGUCAAAGAACAAAACUUAAGAACAAAACUUAGUGGAUUGGGUGGGGGUUAAGGAAAAUGGUGGAUGGUGUUCCCCAUUUAGUUUUCAGUGUUAGAUAGGCUACAAGUUAGUGUUUUUUGAUUAGUGAACAGUGCGAGACCCUGUGUAAAAUUAUGGGCUAUAUAUUGUUGCGUUUGUCUUGGUAAAAAGAGAGAUUAUUCAACAUAUUUUUAUUUUA